AUGGCUACUAUCGCUCUAACCCGGCCGAUGCCGCCGCACCGCGCCUCUUCCAGCAUGCCACCCUUGAGCUCGUCUAUCAACAUUGACGUCGAUACACUGAAUGGGCAAGCAGCCCAGCCCAAUCCGCUGCCAGCAGGCCCAGUGCCGAACAAGCACAUACCCGUCUGCCCGCCGGGUCCACCGGUUGUUUCAACGACACCGUCGCCGUCUCCACCGCCAGACGAGUCCAGUCCCUCCCAGCAGUCCCUUCUCUUCCCCCCAGACCAUUACCCUCGCUUUGAGGAUGACGGGUUAGCGAUACACGACAUUGAUCCGGCCGGCGUUGCUGCAGCUGUGGACUAUAUUGCACGCCAGCCGCUACCAGACCCUUCGCUUGUCUUCCCUUGGUUUCACGGCCUCCAUCCAGUUAACCACAUGCAACAAGCGUUUUUCUCCCAACGCCGCCGUGUGAUGCGAAAAACGCCCUGCUGUCUGCGCGGGCUGACAAUUGUCAAGGCCGAUGGUCAACUCCAAGUCGCUCGCCUAAAAGGCGCCAUUGCACCCGGCGAGUUUCUACAGCCGGGUACCGCUGCCGAGUUUCUUGACCCCGACCCUAAAGAAGGUUUCUCUGUGCGGAACUUCCAGAUCCAGGCAGCCAAGACCGCCAUGACCUCAGAUAUCAUUGUGUAUGGCGACGACAGCGCUGCUGUUCGGAAAUUGGCUUGGAGAAUUGCUGCUGCCCAGAAAACCUGGCGAGACAAACAUGACAUCGAGGGAAUUGCUCUCCCCAGAUACAACACAUUUGCCUGUACAGGCGACUUUUCCGUCUUUGAGGAAUUUUAUCCUCACAUAGUGUCCGCCGAUUCGGAAGGACACAUCACUGGCAACGUCAUUGACUUCUUCCACCAGGAGCGUUCGGAAAUGUAUGCCAUGACGGUAGCUUCCGAAAUUUCACAGAAUGUCUGGCUCGGACCGACACCCGAACCGAAUUCGGAAGAGGAAACCUCGUACGACGUUUUGAUCGAGUGCAGCGACCUGGGACACUUGAAUCCUCGUGCACUGCGUGCUUUGGCAGAAACAGGCAUCCCAUCAGGAAAGAGGAUACAUCUCGACUUCCCAUCAUCGGGAACCAUCUUGCCCCCAACAUGGUCACAAAUCGAAGCGGAUGCAAUCCUCGAGUCUUGCAAGUGGAUAUACCACUUGGCUCAUGGAACAGCAAACCCAUCCCUGUUUGUAGCUCUUACGGAUGUUUCAAACGCUCCCGUUGACGACGGCCACGAUAUCACUCUGGCAGACGAAGCAGAGGAGUUACCAGCUAUAGCUGCGUCUCAACCGAAAAAGAUUCUUAUUCACUGUGCAGAUGGCUACACGGAAUCAAGUAUGCUUGGCCUUGCCUAUUUCAGUUAUAGCACUGGCCGCCCGAUCCACGAUGCCUGGCUCAAUCUCCACACAACGAAGAAACGAAAUUUUUUCGCUUAUCCAACGGAUGUGGCUCUUCUGACUGCACUUUCGUCACGGUUAUUAUGCGAGUCACCCCUAUGCGCAGAAACAGACCUUGAUUCCAUUACAGCCUCACUUCAAAACCAACCAAAAUGGUUCUCAGCACUAGAUGGAUCGUUUCCCAGCAGAGUGCUAGACUACAUGUACCUCGGAAACCUUAACCAUGCAAACAACCCCGAUCUCCUCAAGGCAUUGGGCAUAACUCAAAUCUUGAGCGUCGGGGAGAUGGCCAUGUGGCGGGAUGACGUCCUGGAAGCCUGGGGCGAAGAGAAUGUUUGUGUUGUACAAGGUGUGCAGGACAACGGAAUCGAUCCACUAACUGAUGAGUUCGAUCGCUGCCUCGAAUUUAUACAACAAGGGCACAGAAAGGGCACCGCAACGCUUGUUCACUGCCGCGUUGGCGUAUCGAGAAGUGCAACGAUUUGUAUCGCAGAAGUCAUGCGGUCAAUGAAGCUGUCCUUGCCUAGAGCAUAUUGUUUUGUGCGUGCACGACGCUUGAACGUCAUAAUCCAGCCGCAUCUCCGGUUUGCCUACGAGCUUCUCAAAUGGGAGGAAAUGCUUCGGCAGAACCAGAUGAUAGGUGACUCCACUGCCAACAGUUGCAAAGCUGGUAUCAGGAGAGAGCUCGAAUGGGGCGAAAUCGCACGCGAGGUGGCACUGAUGAACCAGCCUUACGUUCGAUGA